AUGGCCAGCAGCGAGACCUCAAAAACGGCAAAAGCCAUGUCGAAGCUGACGCUCGACCGCUCCACCUCCCCGAAAGCGAAACCCAAACCCACCAAGGAAACACAACCCGUAGCCGACUCAUGGGAAGACGCCUCCUCCUCAUCCUCCGACAGCGAAGAAGCCGAACCACUCUCAACAUCUACCAACGACAAAACCAGCACACCCCGCCAAAACUCAGGCUUCGAAGCGCCCCCUCCGACCCCAAGCUCGCCCUCAUACCGCAAUCACAGCGGCAGCGCGCCGCCGUGGCAGCAGCAGCAGCAGACGACGGCCCGCGGCUCCGAGGCCGCGGACGAUGCGCCACGAAGGCCCGAGAAGACGGACGCGGUGGCGCGGCGCAUGAUCGCGAGCGCACUGGGCGUCAAGGCGCCGAGGCCGACGGAGGAGCAGCGGGCGUACGACCGUGCGUUGCGCGAGAAGGAGCGCAAGCGGAAGGAAGAGGAGCGCGCGGCGGAGCGGCGUAGGCUGGUGGAGGCGGAGAAGGCGAAGGUGGCGAUUUGGGAGGAUUGA